UCUCCUGGUCCCCGCAAUCCGACCACCAUGUCCGCUGCUGCUGCUGCUGCUGCUCCCAUGCUCGAGAGCACGGAGCCACCGGCCGAUGGUGGCAAGCCGAGCAGCACCACGCCCACCUUUACCUUAUCCUUCCUGGCGCUGACGACGUUUGCCCUCGUGGGAACCGCAUGGCGCGCGACGAGGCUCGCAAGAUCCUACCGCGCCGACCAGCAGGCAUGGAAGAGCGUCGCCAUGCGGCUCCUCGUGCAGCACAAGGAGAUGCCCGCCGUCAUGCCUCCGCCUCGCCACUAUGGGCGGCAUCGCCGCGGGCAGCCGUUUUCGAGGGAUGAGCGCUCCGUGGAAGAGCUGUCGAGCCCUGCCUUUUCCGAACAAUAUCUGGACCAGCAACACAAGCGACACUGCAACUGGGAAGAGCACGAAAAGGUGCGCGAGUGGAACAAGUGGCGACGAGAAGCGAGCGAGCGAGUCGAGAGCAGAGAUCGGGACGCGGCUGGCGCUGCACUCCCACAGCGCAGGUACGACUUGUCUGGCAACCUGAUCAAGGAAAUACUCCCCGUUUCGAAGAAGCUUCUGCCCGAUGGCAUGACUGGCAUCGAUGCACGCAUCAAGGCCGACGAGGCGGACGUGGAGAGCCCUCACCCGCAUCACGACUGGAAUUGGACGCCCGCCGACCACCCACGGAUCCCCAAGGGUCGGCCCAGUCGUCGCUCAUUCGCCCAGUCCUCUACCCAGCAGAACGCAAGAGGGCGUCGAGAAAGAAUGGCGGACUCGGUCGGGUGGACCUCCAAGAAUGCCGACGGGGCACUGUGGGCCAGCGCUGGAUCCCCUUCCGCCGACCCUGAACCCAGAAGAGUAGAAGAGCCAUGGAAGGGCAUCCUUCAAGAGUCGUCAAGCGAGCAAUUCGUGCAAGAUUCGGAGGGCGAGAUGGUCAACGAGGGCUUCAAGGCUGACGAAGUUGCAAACCCCGAGAUGGACCCGAAGAGAAAAAACGCAGAUGACGACUUGGAGCUGCUGGCUUCCAUCGUACACCAAGAGGCUGGCCAGCCUGACGUCGUCGAGAAGCACACAACAGAGAGAAAAGCAGCAGCAGUAGCAUCGGCGACGAAGGAUGACGCAGACCGCGAGGAACGGCUCAUGGCUUCGAUCCUGUGGCCCGAUGCCGUCCUGUCUGCCGACAAGACUAUCAUCGCCGAGGGCAUUCUCGACGAGGUGGCCGAAAAGAGGGCAGGUGCUGUUGACGAGCGACGAGGCACGGCAGAAGGCUUGCGGCCAGCGCAGUCGGCUCUUGAGCAGCGAAGUGGUCUCCCUAAGGACAAGAAAGAUGAAGUGCUCGAGCUUCUGGAGAAGGAAGUAGCCGACGCAAAGGGGAGGAUGGCGAGCCUGGAGUCAGGCUUCGAAGGACUGCAGAAGCGCGACGAGCACCGGCUGAGAUCCGAGUCGGAGGCAGAGGCGAGAGUCGAGGCGCUCGAACGGCAGAUCUGGGCGCUGCGGGCUAGGCUCGAUGAGGCCGACACCAAGGCAAGGUACCAGGACCACGACGAGGGCAGCGACAAUGACGCCUCCUUCUUCAACAAGAAGCAAACCACUGCCCGGGACCUGCUCCGUCGUCGAUUCCGCAUGCACUCGCACUUCUUCUUCUAAACUAUCAAUACACGUGCGCUUCCAUUGCUAUCGUACACUGCAUGGCCUCUGCCCCCACCUUCAUCACCACUCCUGUGAUCGCAGAAAUGACAUCACCGUUCCUCCUUGGCUCUACUUUG